UAAAAAACUUUCGAUUUCGAGUUUGAGAAUUAAGAUUUUUUUAGUGGGUGUAAGUGGUAUGUACUAGAGUACUCGUGCAACGAGAGAGGGAAUCGCUUGACUUUCUAAUAAAUAAUACCAGCUUAUAAAUUUACUGCUGGUAUCAUACCUACUCAUAUAUAGCGAUCAUUUGAACAUUAGUGACCAAGCUAUAUUGCAGAUUCUAAUAUUUUAAAUCUAACCUAGAUUUAAAAUAGAAUCUGCACUCCUCACUUUCCUUCAGGGUUUAUCAGUAUCUAGACUCUUAGGCAAGUAAAUUUUAAAAUGUCACAUUGUUACUUGCCUACGUUUAGAUCGAACCUUCAAAUCGAAGAGAAGCAAGGUCACCGCGACAUUAUUUCCAACUAAAACCAUUUAAUUGUAAUUUAUAAACUUUCAUUGAAUUAUAAUUACUUUUCGAGUCUUUUCAUAACUAAGUGUAUAUACAUCCUUAUAACAGAGUUCAUUCUUGUUCUUAAUUUCAAUUAAUCAAUGUCAGCUUAUCGCUUGCUACUACUUCAUAGAACUUAGUCGGGCCACUACACUUGAUCCUUCCCCUUAUGCAUACAAUACAAGCCAGCUGUCUUAAGUAGGAUGAUCGGACUAUUAUUACAUUACCAUUUGAAUAAACUAACAAUUUUCGAAAAAAAAAUAUCUUGGCAUGGAAAUUACCCGCGCAAAGCCGCAAACAUAAUACACCCCAAAACAUACGUGCAGAUUUUCAGUCAAUUUUUAUUUUGCAGAUCCAAAAACAUGGGUAAGGACGAGUGCUCGCUGUUUCACUGCACAGAAAAGGAGAAAGCUGAGAUCCGAAAAGAAGUCGGUGUAACUGAAGCUGCCAUCAACGAUGGCGUGGACGCUAUUUUUGAGUGGUUCAAUAAACAACCACACUUAGCCGAGGCUGGACUCACAAGGGUUCAUGCUGAGAUGAUGAUAAUCAUAUCCAAAGGCUCUAUAGAGCGAGCGAAAGAAAAGAUAGAUAAUCUAUACAAAUACCGCGCUUUGAUGCCUGAGAUUUUACAGACACGAAAAGAAUUGUUAUGUAGCCCGGAGAAAAUAUGGGACACAUACACUGCUUUGCCCAUGCAGAAAUUAUACGAAAACCGGAGAAUAUUUUUCCUUUUUAUAAAAGACUCGACCGAUUUAAAUAACCUGGAACUGUACAGGAGGACACUUAUGCUUAUAGAUUUAAGAAUGAAGUACGACUAUAUGCGUGGUGAUAUAUGGAUAUUAGACUUGAGCAACGUUUCUCUGAUGCAGGUUAUGACUCAAAACCUUAUGAUAUACAAGAAGAUUGCACUGUUUUUCAUGAAGGGCUUGAACUGGCGAAUUCAUGCUGUACACUGCAUCAACAACUCAGCACCGGUUGGUUUGGUCCAAAGGCUGAUUGACUUCGUCGGAUCAUUCAUAUCUCCACUGAUUUUGAGCCGAAUAAUCAUCCACGACAGUAUUGAAGACCUUUAUAAGCACGUGCCCAAAGAUUGUUUGCCUGAAAACUAUGGCGGCAAGGAACCUCAUACCGACAUACUAAGAGAAAGAAUGGAAAAUGAAAUGAGAAGGCCGGAGAUUACCAAAUACCUAAUGGACUGUACUAAAAUGGUGUCUAACGAGAGUUUGAGGCCAAGAGACGAUCAUUCAGAGGAAUACCUAAGCGGGUCCUUCAAAAAGCUAGAGUUUGACUAAAGACCCACUACAUUUUUUCACAAAUUACCUUGUGAACAACGAACAAUUGAAUAAUAAGAACUAAUGGCCGCGGUUUCCUUUCCUUUUUAAUACCACACAGAAUAGGGAUUAUGAGAAUUUUUUUUUUGCAGUGUUCGUCUUUUAGUUUUUUGCAUACUUA